UUAACAGCUGAUUGUAACAAACAACUCCUUACCUGACCUUACCGGAACAACUUAGAAUAUCAAAAUUACAUUUUUCGACAUUUUCUUCCACAUGGAAUAAUAUUAUGUGAUGUAAUAAAACAAUAUAAUUUGCAUAAUGGUACGUAUUUCAUUCACAAAUCAAGUUGUUUGUACCGUCGUACGAAACUUGCAUCAGUCGGCCAAUUUAAAACCUCCACGAGUGAGAUUUGCACCGAGCCCCACAGGAUAUUUACAUUUAGGAGGUUUAAGGACUGCGCUAUACAAUUAUUUAUUUUCGAAGUCGCGCAAGGGUGCUUUCAUACUACGUAUCGAAGACACGGACCAGACGCGAAAAGUGGAAGGUUCUGUCGAUGCUCUAGUAAAGGAUCUUGAAUGGGCCGGAAUUGAGUAUGACGAAGGCCCGAAGAAAAAUGGAAAAUAUGGACCGUACAUACAGAGCGAGAGAUUGGAUAUAUAUAGGGAUCACAUAGACAAACUUCUCAAAAAUGGUUCUGCAUACAAAUGUUUUUGUACAGAGAGGCGGCUGAACAUUUUAAGAAGAGAUGCACUGAAGACCCAGAGAAUACCAAAGUAUGACAACAGAUGUCGGUCACUGACUGAUGAAGAGAUCAAGGAGAAAAUGAAAUCUGGUGUACCUUAUUGUGUUAGGUUUAAGUUAACAUCUGACUGUCAAGCAUAUGAGGAUUUAAUUUUCGGUGGCAUCGCCUAUGAUGUGUCGCUGAACGAAGGUGAUCCGGUGCUGAUGAAGUCUGAUGGCUUUCCCACCUACCACUUCGCUAACGUGGUGGACGACCAUCUGAUGGCCGUAACGCAUGUCUUGCGAGGAGUGGAGUGGCAGAUAUCCACCACCAAACACUUGCUUAUUUAUAGAGCUUUUGGUUGGACGCCGCCGCAGUUCGGCCAUAUGCCCCUAAUAGUCAAUGUUGACGGGACCAAGCUCAGCAAACGACAAAGUGAUGUCAAAGUGGAAGAUUAUAGGGAUAAAGGUAUUUUUCCCCUGGCACUAGUUAAUUAUAUUACCCUGUCUGGUGGCGGAUUCGACCACGUGCCAGGCGCUGGUGUUAGGUUGAAGACUAUGGAAGAACUGGCGGAAGAGUUUAAAAUAGACAAAGUAUCAUCUCAUCCAAGCCGCUUAAACGCCGACCUACUUGAGGAAUGCAAUCGAUUGGAAAUCAAACGCCGACUCCAAGACUCGGCACUCUCACAACAACUAAUAACACAACUACAAAAAUUAAUUAAUGAAAAGUAUCCUCAAAAAGAAAAACAAAUUAGUGAGGAGCACAUAACAUCUGUACUCAACUGGUCAACGGCUAGAGUGUCGAGAAUCGAAGAUCUAGUGUCGAUAAAAUAUGGAUUCCUUUGGGUUUUACCGUCGACAACUAAACACAUCGAAAAAGAUUUACUAAAUAAGCUGGUUGGGCAUUUAGAACAGUUAAAUUCGUUUGAACAAAGUUCUGUGAAGGAAUGCUUGAGGAGUUUUGCGUCGAGUAGUGAUGUGAAGUUUCCGGAUUUGAUGAAGAUGCUCCGAUCGGUUCUUAGCGGGUUGAACGAAGGUCCCAGUGUUGCAGAAAUGAUGGAUUUGUUGGGUAAAAACCAAUCGCUGCAGAGAAUAAAGGCAGUUAUACGAUAAUUU